GUUGUCAACAACGCCACCCGAAUGUCCUUCUUUUCAUGCGCUAUGUGACUAACGUAUUUACAGGAUGUCAAAGGACAAUGUUUCCGUCAGAAAGUUUGUCUACUGGCCAAACUUUAACCUCAGUGAAGAUGGAAGUAACAUUGAAGUUGGAACUGGGGCAGGUCUAGAUGUUAAGGUUACCAUCAGUAAUAGCCUGGUACAGUAUGUGGGACAACCCCUCACAGAAAAAUGUCGCUGGUUUAAAAUGAACCUCAAAUACCUGGCUCCAGGAUCCUUUGUAAUGUUUGGAUUGAAUCCAGGCUGUUUGACGGGGAUUCCAGAGUGGGAUAGAUACAAGUCAGUGAGAUACGUCAGUGACACAGGGGGCGUGGUCAGUCAGGGGGUGGGGGAGAACACCCAUGUCAAAUUUGGUGUGGGUGAUGAGGUUGUAUGCUAUGUGGAGAAGUUUUUCAAGGACAAGUGCCUGGUCAAUUUUUUCACCAAUGGGAAGCUUGUUUAUCGCCAUUGGGGUUACAUGGAAAAGGACAAUGUGUAUGCUACCAUUGGAGUCAAGUUUGGUCCAGCACAUCUAAAUGUCCAAUGGCCAAAACCAGGAGAAUUCAAAAUAGACAUUGAAUCUUUAGAAAACUGGAUUUGUCCAAGAGCUGCUAUUACCACCAGGAAUGACACAAAAGUCAUGGAGCAGACAGACAACAUAGGCAAAAAGUCUUGUUAUACUGCUCAAGGACCAAGACCUCUGACUAAAAAUUCCAGUUAUUUUGAAAUCAAGAUACAGAAUAAAAAAUCAGCCUGCCCUGCCAUUGGGUUAACAAGUGCCUUCCUGUCCACUGGAAUGUUCUAUGCAUGUGGAUGGGGGGAUGAGGAUGGAAAACCUACAUAUGGCUACCAUGGGGAGGAGGGCUGUAUUAAGAAAAAUAUGUUUGAUGGGUAUAUUGCACAUGAUGAUGGUUGGAAAUGUGGAAAUGGAGACAGAAUGGGGUGUGGCCUGGUCAUUGAUGACAAGAAGUUGUCCACCAGACUUCCUGAUGAGACUCCUGUGUAUAUCUAUGCCACAAAGAAUGGAAAGGUUAUUCAUGUACAAGGAGAUAUACUACCAGAGGCUGGGUACUAUCCCACAAUAUCAUUCCUAGAUAAAGGAAGUUCCUUGAGUGUUAAAUUCCCAGCAGACCCUCCUUUACUGGACAUUGAUAUGGAGAAUCAAAUCAACUUACAGAGGGAUAUACUCACUGACUUCAAAAUGUCAAACCGAAUCAAGUUUAACUCCUUUGAAAAUGACAGAGGAGCUCACUUUUCUUUAGUAAAACAUGAGGAAGAUGACGACAUUCUCCGAGGCAUUAUGUGCCUGAGGAGAGCCUUCAUACAAGGCGAUUACUUCCAAUUAACUACUAGUCAGCUGCGAAGUGUUCAAAUGGGUUUCAUAGAAUACAGUUCUUCCUGGGAUGACAAAGAAAAUUGCUUGUUAAGUUUUGACAAUAACAGCAUUACUCAUAGAGAAUACCUCAUCAAAACCAAAAACAUCAGUACAGGUACCUCCAUGAUUUCUGCACUGGUUUGGAGAGCCUAUGACAAGAGUGCAGUGGUGCUAUUCUUUGAGGGUGAGGUUUUCAAUAAGAAGCUGUUUGGUCGCUGUAUUAUAGAGAGCUCAGCACAUCUAGAGAUCUUCCCUGCCAUUACAAUGACAGAAAAUGCCAGUUUUGAAGUGGAAUGGAAUGAAAGAGAGAUGGUGGACUUCAAUAUAGAGGAACUACACACCUGGAUUUUACCUGAUGAGGGUCUGCUAGUGGAGGGUAACACUAUUACUGUGACUGCUGAUGUGCAGUCCCUCCCAGUUUGUGCUCUAUCAUCAGAAAACCUGAGGAAGGGAGGAAAAUCCUACUUUGAAGUCACUUUACAGGAGAGUUCCAGUAAAACUUUUCCUGGGGUGGGGGUGUGCUCUGCCUCAUGCCCGACUGAUGCCCUGGUGGGGUACAGGGUCAAUUGGAUACAGAAUAUUGCUCUAUAUCUACACAAAGGCCAUGUGCUCUGUGGGCAGGAGAAAAGUUUUGAGUGGUCUGAGGAUGUGAAAGCUGGUGACAUUGUCGGAUGUCAAGUUAUCUUUCCUGAUAAGGGAGACAGACUACAGAUGGCAUUAGUCAAAUUCUUCGUCAAUGGUACAUUUGUCUAUAAGGAAGUGAUUGGCAUCAACCCAUCGGGACUGUUUGUAGCAUUGUGCUUUGAAUCUGAAGGAGACAAAGUGUCAAUCGACUUUAACAAAGAGUCCCCUGCUGACAUUGAAAACAAGAGGGAGCUCUCCUUUGUGUUCAACAAUUACCAGGACGAACCAAGAAAAGUGCAAGAGUACCAGACUUUGUCUCGCAAAAAGACCAUGUAUGUCACCCAACAGUCAUUUGGCCAUUCCUACGGUACAAAAACAGGUACCCCGCGUAUAAGAGACCGUCCUAUGUAUGUGUACGUAUCUCACACAAAUAAAGAUGGAGCCAAAGCUAACACUGUUUUCACUGAACUGACAUCUAGCGGCCUGUUAGUGGAGACCUCAGCAUGGAAUGCCACCCCAGCUGCAAAGCGACAGAAAAUUAAGGAAUGUGACAUUGUACUGAUGUGUGUCUCCAAAAAUUCACUCAAAGACUUGGAGCAGAACUUAGAGUGCCAGAGUUUAGUAUCAGAAAAUAAGAAGUUGGUACCUGUACUACUGGAGGAAAUGAAAUGGCCACCAGCCGGAAACUUCAAGUCUCACAGUAAAUUCUUGGUCAAGUUUAAUGAUGCUGUGUUUCACUUUGAUCAAGACACUAUGGACUUUAAAAAACUAGUGAAGUACAUUUGUGAUUAUGUCUUGCAGGAGGAUAAUGCAGCACCUAAGAUAGAGAUGGUGGUGCCAAUACCUGUCAUUAACUUCAGCAGUGGCCCCAUGUCUACAGCUGGACCAACCCAGAAAGCAUCAGGAAAACUGUCCAAUCAAAAGGAAUCCAGCAAACCAACUUCUUCCAAACCAACCAAUCAGAAGGAGCAAUCCACACCUACAAAAUCGAGAACACAGCCUACAUCUAAAGGUUCAGAGCCAAAGUCGAGCACCAAAGUCUGCCAGAUUUUAUGA